CUACUGGUAUGCUACAAUUCAGAGGAAGAGAGCUUCAUUCCCGUUGUUGUGCAAAAUCUGCUUCCUCAGAGGUUUGAUCUUUCUUAUCGUUACUCAUGGUUGCUCCUCCUAAUCCGUAGUCGAUCUAUUUAUGCAACCGUGAAUUCCACCUGCCUAUGUAUUGUUAUUGAAUCAUGUUUUGAUUCAAUUGUUCUCUUUUUCGAAGCUUUGCUGUGAACCCUUCACCUUACCUUGCCACAAAUUCAAUAUGUUUGAGUUUAAUUGCUUCCAAGAAUCGUAUCACGAACUUCUGCUGUAGCUUUUAAUAUCCAUAUGUUGUUCAUUUUGAGUUGGGCUGUGUUCAUUUCACAUUUUCAUUAUGCUUUCAGUACCAAGAAAUCAUGUCACAAAAAUUCGGUCCAAGAUGGUAUCUUUGUGGCAAAAUCUAUCUGUUAGGGGCUCAGAAGUUCAUAGUUCUUACUUAAAGAUUGCCCCACGUUUAGCAUCCUUUUAUAAUCAUUCAAUAGUUACUCAUUCUUUUCAUCCCAUUUCCAGUAUAUGGAAUUUUAGAUGCCAUUCAGCUCCCAUCCAGAUUUCAAUUGCUUCAAAUCAAACACUCCUGGUUGCAUUUUCCCUCUCACUUUUUCUGGUUUCUUUUUAUUCUACAAGUCCGUAUCCAAUUCGACGCCUGAGGGGACCCCCUUCAAGAUCUUUAAGGAGGAGAAUGAGUAAGAGGGCAAAAGCUGCCGCAAAACCUGUUCUAGAUGAAGCCCAAUUUGAGAGGGCUAUUUCUGGGCUCCCACCUAGGUUCACUCCCGAGGAACUUUGCAAUGUCAUAGUUUUAGAGAAGGACCCUUUAGUUUGUUUGGAGUUGUUUAAUUGGGCUUCAAAACAGCAUAGGUUUAGGCACAAUGUUUCAAGUUUCCACAUUACAAUAAAGAAACUUGGUGCUGCGAAAAUGUACCAAGAGAUGGAUGAUGUUGUUAAUCAAGUGCUUGCUAUUCGUUCUAUGGGUACGGAAGCUCUUUACAAUACAAUGAUCUAUUAUUUUACAGAAGCUCGAAAAUUGACUAGAGCAGUGAACAUAUAUAAUCACAUGAGGGAUAUCGGAAAAUUGGACUGCAGGCCUUCAAUUACCACAUUUAAUAUCCUUUUUGCAGCUUUAUUGAGUAGGGGAAAGAACUCAUACAUAAAUCACAUGUAUAUGGAGACAACUAGAUGCCUUUUCAGACAAAUGAUCGACGAUGGGAUUGAACCUGAUAUUUUCUCCUUGAAUUCUAUGAUAAAGGGAUAUGUGCUUUCACUUCAUGUUAAUGAUGCCCUCAGAGUAUUUCAUCAGAUGGGAGUGGUCUAUAAGUGCUUGCCUAAUUCCUUUUCAUAUGAUUACUUGAUCCAUGGAUUGUGUGCACAAGGAAGAACGAAUAACGCCAGGGAGUUGUGUAUGGAAAUGAAGGAGAAAGGAUUUGUCCCUAGUAGUAAAUCAUACAAAUCAAUUGUGAACUCCUUGGCUCUGAGUGGAGAAGUUGAUGAAGCGGUGAAGUACUUGUGGGAGAUGACUGAAAACCAAAGAUCAGCUGAUUUUAUCACCUAUAGGACCAUACUUGAUGAAACUUGUCGCCAAAGAGGGGCCGAAGAUGCCAAGCAUUUAUUGCAAGAGUUACAAGAGAAGGGCCUGCUAGACGGGCAUACUUGCAGGCAGCUUCUACAUGAGGUUGAAGGAAAUAUCGGAAACUCACAUUUCAGAACUCAAUUCAGCUAAGAGCGAGCGGUGGAAUUUGUCUACUUCAUAUCCAUGCUAAGCCACCAAAAAUAUGUGAGAUCUAUGGAAAAGGCUUUGCAAUGGUCUUGUUAGCUUGCAAAAGAACCAAUGUUCUUCAGAUAAGUCCAUGGAAUUCUUUACGUGGAUAAGCAUUCAGUUCUGGUCUAUCUUGACUGAUGACUAACUGGAGUUUGCCUGGAAUCAAAAUCAAUGGCUGCAGAUGUUGUGAGAAGAUCAGUUGCUUGUCUGCGACAAUUGAGAUGCAUAUACUGAUUGGGCCGGGAAAAGAAAAACAUCAGUCUGCAUUGCUGGAAAAGAUUUUCUUUUUCUUUUAGGGAAGUGCCCAAUUAAGUUUAUAAAUGUGUGGUGGCUUGGAGGUGACCAGAUAACUACGCUGUAAAUAAAGGGUUGUCUACUGCCAAUGAGCACUGUUACUCAUGAUUAAACGAGCUGGCAAAAUCUGAAAUCUCUUGUAGAAAAAAUAAAUGGUAAAAAAGAGCACUUAUGUUUCUAGUGUGAGGAGAUGGCUUAGGUCUAUGCCCAGCUUGCCACCUUAAUAUGAUUUUCGGUGCGUUUGUUAAGCCUGGCUUGCUUUUCAUUCUAUAUUAUGGUAUCAUUUUCGUGAACCUGCUUUGUGAGUUGAGAUGUAUUACUUAAUUACCAUACUUAAGUUAGUAGACCUCAUUUGGCAUUGCUCCUCCUGUUUUGUUAUGAGGGAGAAUGAUGACAUUAGUCAUAAUUGCUUGGCAAAAUGUGCCAUUAAACUAGUUUAGGAAGUUAAAUCAGAAACAAGUUUUCCAAUGUGACUAAAAAGCAAGUCACAG